AUGACAUUAUUAUUUUUAAAAGAAAUUUGUGUACAAUUUCAACAAAAAAAAUUAUAUUAUGCAACACAAUUUAUCAUAAUAAUUAUACUUUUUAUUAUAAAUGUAUUAUUAUAUCAACCUGUAUUUUAUUCAUUACCCACGAAUACCUUACAUAAUAUAACAAAAUAUCGUAUUGCUCAUUGUAUGACAGGUGCUCCUCGAACACUCUAUAAAGAAGAAUUAUAUGUAGCUUAUCGUCGACAAGCAUUAGAUCAAUUACCAGGUGAUCUAUUUGUUAUUCUACAACUUAUGGAUAAAACUGAAAAUGUACAUGGAGCCAGUAUAACUAAUAGUGGUCCAAAAGGAUACAUCGCUGCAUUGAAAUAUCUUUCACCACGUAAAGUGGAAUGGAUUCCUAUAAAUGAUCGAUUAAGAGCUGCAGAUGAUCAUGCUGGAUAUGCUAAAUGGCAACGUUGUUUGGAGCAUAUUGAACAAGCUGAAAAACAAGAUGGAAUAAAAUAUGAUUUUAUUGUUCGAACUCGACCUGAUUUAUAUUUUGCUAAAGAUUUACCUACAGCUGAUUUAUUACCUAAAAAUCGAAUACUUAUUAGUCCAUACUAUGAAUGUUUACAAGAUAUUCCUUCAGGAUACAAUCAAACUUGGCCUGAUCUUCAAGCUCCUUGUGAUAAAAAUAAUCAAGGACUUUCAGAUUUAUUUGCUAUUAUGCCAAGAACAUUAGCAGAUCCAUAUAUGCGUGUAGCAUAUAUACAAAAUUUACCAAAACAUGUUUGCGGUUCACAAUCUCAUUAUGCUGAAUGUCGAAUUAGAGCAACUUUGUAUAAGGCUAAUAUGACAUACGAAAUAUGGCCUUUUAUAAUUAAAAUUAUGCGACCACUUCAAUUUUGUCAUGCUCGACAUUGGAAUCGUUUUAAUAGUUGGUGUUGA